AUGACCCCGGAGCAUCUGGAAGCCCAGGUGGAAAUGGAGCUCAAGCAGCCAGAGGACUCCCCAGACUCCGAGCCUUUAGAUUUCUCCCUUCGCUUGAUCGAAAAGAAGGUCAAAGAGGACCCGGAAGACUCUAGUCCAGCGCUACCUGUCGACCCGCUGUCGCUUUCCUCGCUCCUCUCUCAGGGCUUCGAGGAAGGACCUGCCCGCCGAGCGUUGCGACUGCAUCGCAACAACACACAGGAGGCUCUGGAUUGGCUGAUCAACGGGGAGGGGGAGGUGGAGAAGCAGAAGCAGGUCAUGGAAGGAGUGAGAAUGCCAACCACAUUGAAACGCAUCGCGAGACUGAAGGCAAUGCGAAAGUCUCAGCGCGAGCAGCAGGAUACACAAGUACGACAGCUUACAAGCCCACCUGGUCCCAGCCCGAAGCCGAAAGCGAAGCCGCAGGACCUCCUAAGCUUGGAGGCGAGCGAUUACAGGCCGCAGCCAGCGCCAGACUUGCUCAGCCUGGAGGAGCCGGCUGUGCCCACAGACUUCUCCAAGCCGGUGGAUUGGACCUCUUUGCCCGACCAGCUGUCCUUCGAUUCAAUGUGCUCUCAUCGACUGGAUGCUGCAGGGAUAGCUGAUCCUCAAGGCGUGGCUGCGCCAGGGUCAACAGACGCUCAGGCAAGCAGUGGAUAUGCGUCGGAGAAGCCAGCAAAUCCAGGCACCAUGACUGACAAGGAUCUUGGAAUCCUGCUUGGCGAUGUCCUGGGCUGA